UAACCAUAAUUUUCCAACUAUAUAGUUAGUACUCCCAAUUCCCAAACCAUAUAAUUUACUAACAUCUCGAGUCUCAAAAACUUGAUUUUGGGCCUAUAAAUUGAGUCUUUGAGGCUCGGUUUUCCUGGUUUUAUCGGAUCUGAUGUGGCCUAAUUCCACGUGGAGUACACCUGGAACUCGAGUCUUAGAGACUCAAGUUCCACGUAGACGCCACGUAGACGUAAACACCUGUGCUCUGAGACGCCACUUGGAUCUCGAGCCUUAGAGACUCGGUUUGCUAAAAGUGAAACCGAGUCUCAGAAACUCAAUUUUUAAAUGUGGUCAAUUAUUGCUCCACGUGGGCUGGUCAUGUCUGUUUCCCAUCUGGUUUUGUCAUGUCUAGUCCCAUCUUGUUUUGUCUGAUCUGGGUCUCUCGGGAUUCAGCAGAACAUUUGCACAUUACUCCUCUCUCAACUCUCAUACACAUUCAACAGCAGAACAUUGCUCCUCUCUUAACUCUCAUACAAGCCCAACAUUCAUUGUAGUCUCCCUCUCUGACUCCCCCUCUCACUCUCAUACAAUCCUAGCAGUACAUUUGCACAUCCUCAUGUCAGGUAAGGUUCUCCUCACUCUCUAGUUGGUUGUUUAGUGUAUAUAAUUGAUUUAGAAAGUGUUGCUUCACCUUAUACAUUGCUACUUAAACCUACGCACAUGUCAAACCCAUAAUUCAUGUCAAUUUCACGAUCCUCCAUUUAUUGAAAGAAAAGACCUAAACUUUGCAAUAAAUUAAUGCAGAGCUAGAUAUUUCCAAAGAUACCUGAUUUUCCUCAGCUUCUGCUGCAGCACCCUUGGAUUCGCCCUUCUUAGCACGCUUGGACUUGUCAUUUGGUUUUGCUUGGUAUUUGGACCGAACAUCAAGUGGCAAAAGUUCUAAAGGCACAACCCCUUCAAGCAGGCCGUGCAACUCUCAUUUCAUCUGUGGCUUCUUCCAUGCCAUCUUACCAAGCUUCAUCCCUAAUCCUCCCUAAUGAAGUUUGUUCAAAGCUUGAUUCCCUCAACCGAAGAUUUUGGUGGGGUAUAAUGGAUGAUAGUAAGAAAGGUUGCUAUCUCAAAAGCUGGGAUUCAAUAUGUUCUCCUAAAAAUGUUGGAGGACUUGGCAUUAAAAAAACAGCAGAUAUGAAUAAAGCUUUGGUGGCUAAAAUGACUUGGGAUGUGGUCAAUAAUAGUGAUAAAAGGUGGGUAGUGGUCUUCAAAAAGAAAUAUGUUCGGAACAGAAAUUUCAUGAAAAUGCCUAAUCCAAAGAGUGCUUCUUGGGCUACUUAAAGUAUCUUUGAGUGCAGGAAGGUUAUUAGUAAGGGCUUGUGCCAUAGAAUUGGUGAUGGCCUUAACACUUGGAUCUUUGAAGAUCCUUGGGUCCCUAAUGAGCCAGGGUUCAUCCCCCAAAUAAGAAGUGGUGUAUCUACUGCUGUUCACUUGGUAGCAAAUUUGAUUAAUCAGGAUACCAGACAAUGGGAUAGAGGUGAGUUUUCAGUGAAAUCCGCUUAUAAUGCGAUAAGAGGGCUGAAUCAUCAAAGCCACCCCCAUAUGCUUAGUAAAGAUUGGAAGGACUUAUGAAAGCUGAAAGUAAAUGCCAGGUUGAAAAACCUUUUGUGGAAAAUGUGCUGGAACAUCCUUCCAACUUGUUCUGUUCUUAAUAGUCGCUUUAAUAUUUCUUCUUUAAAGUGCUUUUUGUGUAAUAAGGCCCCUGAAAAUAUUGAGCAUUUGUUUUUGCAGUGUGAUUGGGCUGUUCAGCUUUGGUUAUUAGCCCCGUGGCCUAUAUAUAUGAGUAAGUUAUCCUCUCUAUCUAUUUUGGACUGGAUUAAGGUUACUUUAAAUCCAAAAUCCAUGUUGGGGUUGAAUGAAGAGUCUGUCAGAGACUUCCAGCUUUAUGCUUCCAUUCUCUGUGAUCAUUUAUGGAUGGCUAGAAAUAAAGUUAGAGUGGAAGGUUCCAAAAGUAAUCCAGCUGAUCUUUCCAAGCAGAUUUUUAAAGUCUUCAUGGAGCAUAAGGAUGCUUGGAAAGAGCAAAAUGAGAGACCAUUCAAAGAUGUGGUCUGGUCUCCCCCUCCAAAGAACUGGAUCAAGAUAAAUUUUGAUGUGGCAAUCCGUGAAGAGAAAACCACAGUUGUAGUUGUGGGAAGAGAUGAUAAUGGCAACCUUUUGUUGACAUGGGCAGAGCACUUUGAGAGUGGAAAUUCCCUACUAGAAGAAGCGAGAGCAGCUUGGUUUGCCAUGAAGUGUGCUGUGAAUGAAGGAUUUCAGAAUAUAAUCUUGGAGGGUGAUGCUUGGAAUGUCAUUGAGCCAUUGAAAAAAUCUAAUAUAACCCCACAUUGGAGUAUCAACUCUAUCCUAGAAGAUAUUGUGUUCUUUGUUAAUAGUUUUUCCAAUGUUGAAUUUUCUUUUGUACAUAGAAAAGGUAAUGUAUCUGCUCAUUUGCUUGCUCAAUGGGCAGCUCUUGUAAACUGGUCUGAGCCGGUUCCCAUCUCCUUUCUGCCUUCUCAUGUAUCUCAGGCUGUUGUUAGAGAUGGGUCCAGGCCCGAUCUUUUUGUUUCUCCCCGGUUUCGGGUUGAGUUUUUUGAGCAAUAAAGUAUUUAUUCAGCAAAAAAAAA